UCACUCAUGAGGAAGAGCUAUUGACAUUUGGUUUUCUGCCCUCCUUUCCACUCUGCUGUUAUCUGAUUCCCAGUGAGAAACCCACUGUGGUGGCAAUAAAUUCCAGUUCUAUGGCAGAUACUACAAGCUGUUCGUAGUGGAAUCUGGCAAACUAAAUGAAGGGCUGGCAAACGGGGCAAAGGCAUUAAAGCAGAGAGACACAGCUCUUCAAGGACUGGAUUCUUCAGAUGCUAUCUCAGUAGCAGAUGUUUGUCAUUGAAGUAAAGAUUAAAAGUGGUGGCAGAUACCUGAUUUUCCGACGCUAUCGUGAGUUCUAUGCCCUACACACCAAACUAGAGGAGAGAUAUGGGGGGGAGAGCAAGAAUAGCCCUUUUAGCUGCACACUCCCUGUAUUGCCAGGGAAAGUUUAUGUUGGGGCCAAACGGGAAAUUGCUGAAAAUAGGAUUCCUAUUCUAAAUAUCUACAUGAAGAACCUACUCUGCCUACCUGUUUGGGUGUUGAUGGAUGAAGAGGUGCGUCUGUUCUUCUACCACUCCAAUUUUGAUAGUGAACAGGUGCCCAGAAGGCUGAGACGGCUUCGCCCACGGACGCGUCGAGUUAAAAGCAUUUCAUCCCAACUGCCUGUUUUGGACCGUGUAGCAACUCCUCGGGCUGAGGCACUAUUUGAUUUCUCUGGAACCAGUAAACUGGAACUCAGUUUCAAGAAAGGAGACUUGAUCUACCUACUUAGCAGAGUAAACAAAGACUGGUUGGAGGGAACAGUUAAUGAUGCCACUGGGAUUUUCCCGUCUGCUUUUGUGAAGAUCAUAAAAGAUUUACCGCAGCAGGAAGACAUAGUUAAUAAAAUACGCUGUUAUUACUAUGAUGAGACAGUAAGCACUAUCAGGGAUAUAUCAGUGGAAGAGGAUCUGAGCAGUAUUCCAUUAUUCAAAGAUCUUAUGGAACUGAUAAAGCAGGAGUUUGACCAACAUGACAUUGUUUUGAAUUACCGGGACCUCGACGGCGAUCUGAUCCGGCUCCUCUCUGAUCAGGACGUUGAGCUCAUGGUGUCUCAGAGCAGGAAGAGGUCCACUGAGAAGCAUUUCUUCCCUUGGAAGUUGCACAUCACUCACAAGGAUGACUUCAGUGUCUACAGCACUAGUCCAGGAAUAGGUGAUACACAAACAGUUAGGACAACAUGAGUGCUGUAGGGUAGCAGUAGGCAACUACAUUGUCCUUCAGGAAUCCUUCUCUGCAGACAGUUUCUUUCAACAAGGCUUUGAAGAGAACUUGAAAAGAGUCAACUUACCUUUCAAUGUAAAAUCUGUACUUAGCUUUUUGAGCUGUUUAGCACUCCUAUGUAUGUUACAAAGAUAUCUUUAUGAAGACCAGGGAAAGCGAGGAAUAGAGAAGUAAAAUCACUGGAUUUGUUCACAAAGCAUGCCAGUGUUAUGCUGCAAUAAAGGUUGAGCAUCCUGAGCCCAAAAUCUGCUCUAAUCUCCAUCCUUGCUUCCAGAGCCAAUUACUUGCCCAGAAUGUUUUCAUAAGCUUUUAUUUUAUUUUAUUUUAUUUUAUUUUAUUUUAUUUUAUUUUAUUUUAUUUUAUUUUGUCGCUGUCUGCAGUUCUGGAAGCAUCAAGAAAACUUUAUUUCAGCAAAGAAAUUACAGCCUGGUUUUGCUUUCUUCUUUCCCUUGGCCCAUAUUUUGAAUUCUGUAAAUCAAAUCUAGUAUACUUGCAGUGUUACUUAUAGACUUCUCAUAAUUGUACGGUCUCUCUGCUUCCAGAUUCUGCGAUAAGUGAUGUGAUUCCUGUCCAAUUAGUAAUCUCUUCUUAGUCUCUCUUCUUCUGCUUUCUAACCCCUCACUGCAAAACAGAACUAACAAUAAAUGACUGUAUCAGACCUUUCCAUAUAUAAACUUAUGCAUGUAUUUAUUUUAUCAGUGUCUAUUACAUUUUUAAAUUUUUAUUCUUAGAGAGGAUGAAAUAAUUCAUGUUCUUUUAAUUAAUUAAUUAAUUAAUUUUGUUUAAAAGGGAACUUGGAGAAAGAAUUUAAAUGUCACCUAUUUAGCUUUUCUUAAGCAGGAGUUUGUUAUUUAAAAAAGCCCCAAACCUUCUGGUCUUUCAUUUAUUUAUGGUCAUGCAAUUAAAAUGUUCCUCUUGAACAAAUUUAUUGCUGCUUGUUAGAAUAAGAAGUUACGUAUGCUUUAUGUAAAUCCUACAAUACCUAAAAUACUGUAUUAUAAAAAUACCAUGCAGUCGUGGUGCUAAAAGGAUACCACCAUGCAUAAAUAUAAUCAGGAAAAAAGUACUGUGGUUUAGAUUCAUUUCUUAAUUUCUGUGACAUUAAACUAUACUUCCCCAUUGAACCUCCCACAUU